AUGUCCGACUCCAACCCGUUCGCCUUCACGGGACUCAAUGCUCCCCAGUUCUCCUCUUCCGACGCCAGUCUGCGGGCGGAGCUGGCCAGGUCGAGGCAGAACGUCACAAUGCUGCAGCGCGAGGUACAGACCCUGAAAGACGCAAGUGGCAUAGCGCAGGCGCUAGCGUCCGCCAAGAACCAAGUCCAGGAGGCUCAAAGAGAGUCGAAGCGCGCCCAAAUGGCUGAAAAAAUCGCCCGUAAGGCUCUGGCAUCUCUCAACAACAUGCGCAAAAACGAAGACGAGGUAUUUAGUACGUCGGAUAAGUCGGAUGAGUUGAAGUCGCUUCGGCGAAGGGUGGGGGAGCUGGAGACGCAGCUGUCCGAAACGGAGACGCGGCUGGCCGAAACGAAACAUGAUCUUGUGGCAUGCCAGGGUUACCUUGCUAAAGAUGAGGACAGCUUACGAGCCCAAUCCGAAGAAGCAGACAGUGUAAAGAAGCAGUUGCAACGAAAGCUUCGGGACGCUGAAGGUGGCCUCACCAAGGCCAAUGCAGAAGUUCGACAGCUCAACGAGGAGGCUGGUGAGGCUGAAGUGGAGCUUGAAGAGUUACGCAAAGACAACCCUCGACUUGAGAAGGCCCUUGACGAUCAGAAGAAAGUUGUAGCCGAACUGAACAACAUCAACGACAAUCUGGUCGCCGACCUUGUACAAGAACAGGCUCAGCGCAAAGCCCUCGCUCGCGAACGCGAUGGUUUCGAAAUAAAGCUGGCGGAGACACUGCUAGCCUUGAGAGAGAGAGGAGAGAGCGAAGCCGAAGCCCGCAAUAACUUAGCUUUGUUCGUGGAUGAGAUGGAGCAGACCGCCCAUGGAACGAACAAGCGCAUGGAAGAACUCCAAGUUCAAAUGGAUACACAUAACCUACAAGUCCACGACUACGAGCGCAAAGUGGCCCUCAAGGAUGAACGCAUCGCAUACCUUGAGCGAAAUAACGAGGUGCUCGAGGACAGGCUUCAGGAGACGAGUGCGCACCGCCCUGUAAACGACCGCAUCCUCUGCCCGCCUACAUAUCGCAGUGUUAGCAACUUCAGCCACUCCUCGAUGGCUGAUGAGCUAGGGCUGUCGUCGGACGCUGAAUUCGAUGAUUAUGAGUCUGUGUAUGCUCGCUCUGAUGACGAUGAGCCUGCUGAGAUGUCAGUCGAUCUUCAGCUAUCGGGCGUGCGCGAAAUCAUUGGUAUCGCACCUCACAAUACUCCUACGCCCAGUUCAACGUGUAUCAGCGAUACUGCAUCUACUUCUACGCAAAAACAGCUCUGUGGCUCCUCCCUUAUCGAAUUCUCCCCUGUCAGCAAUGUCCAUAGCAUCGAGCCUGUACAGACUGUCGAUCUUACUUUGUCAAUGUAUGACGAAACGGUCGCAUGCUUCUCGCCGAGCGAUCCCGCCGCCCUCAAAUUCUCUCUGUACGUAGAGAUGGUAGAGUGCCUUUCACCCAUCGAGCCCAAACUUCCAUUGUUUGCUCACUCCAGCAUUCACGAAGCCCUGGACUAUGCUCCGGCCAUGUUCACGACGUCAAUACCCGAUUCUCCAGCCGAGCCAUCGAGACUAUCUUCAAAUCUCGAUGAGUUGCUCAACUAUCCCCCAGUUGAGCCCACUCCUCCAACUCCUCCUGCUACACCAGAGGCAGAGUUUCUCGGUCUGCAUGUGAUCGAACAUGCCAGCUUGAGCCUUGAGCCGAUCAAUCCACGGCACGUUAAGGCACCAUCCAGUCUCAGGGACUCGCCUAUCGAAAGCUCUUUGCAGAAACUCCUUCCUGCUCAGGCUCCGAUGAACGACGCAAAGCGCUACGAUUCGGUCGUCACUGCCGAAGCUUCGAACGCAUUUCGACGUAGACGUAGCCCUCUCAACCCAGUCGCCAGGCUUCGCAAUCAUACAGAUACCAACGUUGUAGACGAUCUUUCGAGAAUAUGGCCUCUCGCAGACGGAACGCAGGCCGAACCGUCGUCACCGCAGGGCCCACCACCCAGCAGCCCUCGUGUUCACUACAUGUUUGUACAGAACAACGAACUCAGCUCGUUCUUCCACUAUCUUCUACACACCAUCUUCGUCUUCGUCUGUUUGUAUUGCUGGACUAUCAAACACAAGCUCUACUCCUGGGAGCACGCGAACGGCGUAGGUUUCGGCGAAGGGUACGGCAACGUCCAUGACCGCUACGGCAGUCCUUACGGCAACGGACACUACCUCCUAGGCAUGCUGCCCAUCAAUCUUCUCAGUGCAGACAGUUUGUUGCCAGAGAGAGCUGUCGUCGCCAUCACCAGUACUGUGAGCGCGUUGGAGAACUGGGUCGGGCUUGGACCUACGCCACUGUGUUGA